AGUCUUUUGUGAGAUCAGUAAGUCAUACCUGCCAAAGCCUGAAGGAGAGGUUCAUUCUCUCUGAAGCUGCCAGAGAGGAAGCAUCGUGUCAAGAGCUUCAUUUCUAAUAUUCCCCUUUUUCAGGUAUCUCACUGCUUUGACUCUGACAGACCUAUUGAAAGGAUGGCAAACUCUAAUAGACCCACCACCGAAAUUGCUGACGUCUACAGGGGAACAUUUAUCCACUCGACCCAGCAAACAGCUCUGCAGAUCCUGGAAGAUAAGUUGCUGGGGGUGGAUAUGGAUGGAAAGAUUGCUUUCAUUGGGAAAGGCGCGGAGCUGGACAGACUGUCUCAGACCUUUGGAUUCAGCCCUUCUGAAGUCACUCAACUGGCACAACAUGAGUUCUUCAUGCCAGGACUGGUGGACACCCACAUCCAUGCAGCCCAGUACAGCUACGCUGGCACGGCCCUGGACAUGCCCUUACUGCAGUGGCUCAAUACCUACACCUUUCCUGUGGAGUCACGCUUCGAGGACCUGCAGUUUGCCCACAGGGUCUACUCUCAAGUAGUGAAAAGGACCCUGAGAAACGGAACAACCACUGCAUGUUACUUUGCUACCAUACAUACAGACUCCUCUCUCCUGUUGGGCCAGAUUGCAAAUGACUUUGGACAGCGUGCCUUGGUGGGCAAGGUGUGUAUGGACAGGAACAAUUCUGUGAAACAUUACAAAGAGACCAGUCAGGAGUGUCAAGAGGAAACAUGUCGGUUCAUUGCUGAGCUCUUGAACAAAAAGUACCCUCUGGUGAGGCCAGUGGUGACUCCCCGCUUUGCUCGAUUCUGCUCAGCAGCCUUGCUGGGACAGCUGGGCGCAAUGGCUAAGAAUAACAACCUGCACAUUCAGAGUCACAUCAGUGAAAUUGUCGAGGAUUUUCAGCUUGUUAAGGAUCAGUUUCCUGAAUCAGAGUCUUUCACGGACGUGUAUCACAAAUACAACCUGCUCACUGACAAGACAGUGAUGGCUCAUGGCUGCCACCUCAGUGAUGAAGAGCUGGCUCUGUUCAGAGAGACAGGAGCCUCUUUGUCUCACUGUCCCAAUUCCAACAUUUCGUUGUGCAGUGGAAUGUUGAAUGUCCGCAACGUCCUGAACCACAAAGUGAAGUUGGGUCUGGGAACAGACGUGGCGGGGGGCUACUCGGCUUCGAUGCUGGAUGCUGUGAGGAGAACUCUGGACACAUCUAAAGUCCUGACCAUCCAGGACCCAGAACACGACACGCUCACCUUCGAGGAGGUGUUCAGACUGGCCACACUGGGAGGCAGCCAGGCCUUGUCCCUGGAUGACCGGACAGGGAAUUUUGAAGUGGGCAAAGACUUUGAUGCCUUGAGGGUGAAUGUAGCUGCUCCUGAUGGACCCAUCGACCUGAUCCAGUGUGAGGAACCAAAGAUUAUUUUGGAAAAAUUCUUGAAUUUGGGUGAUGAUCGUAACAUAGUAGAGGUGUUUGUGGCCGGGAGGAAGGUGGUACCAUUCACAGAGCCAACAGCAUAAUAAACACUUUGGUCGCUCGUCUCAAGGCCCAAAUCCCACGCUUGAAGAGGAUGUUAACUACCGAAAUACAUCUGAGAGAUACAAUAUGGUGCAGCACAAGAAGGAUCAGCUGGAAACGCCACUGCACUGCUUCUCAAUUCUGCUUUGUUGCUUAGACAAAUAAGUAGUAAAUGAAUCAUAUUAUAUUAAUAAUAAUAAAGUUCAGUGAGAGUCAUCCUAGGCUGUAGUCAGCUGAGCUCAAAUUCAGUCUUUUUAAGUCUCUAAAGGGAUAGUUUGAAUGCAUAGUUUUGGGGGCGUGCUGACUGUUAUCUACUGUAAGUAACACUGGCUAUGGAUAAAUACCUCAUACAACCCCACUUCAAAACACCCAAGCUAUCCCUUUGAGGGUAAUUAUUGGGCUUUAAAACAGGAAAUAAGGGAGUUAUUAUAAUUGCACUUGCUGUUAGCCAUUUUUUGCCAACUAAAACAUAUUCAUGCACCAGCCCUUUGCUGAUUAAGAAGUCACUUUUUAUGUUCAUGUACUCAUGCUACAGAGCCUGACCUGAUUAUCUUCAGUGAUCUAAUAUUCAUGCUUAUGUAACUAGAACAUGCUUUGUGAUCAGAAGACUGGGAUUGACUUGAGUUGUAAUCGUAGCUCCUUAAGUUUUUGUGAAGGGGAAACUAUUGAACAUGUGUUUGUAGAUUGUUUUCAUCUUUUUGGUCUGAUUUACAGAAGAGUAAAAACAUUUAAAAAAAAAAAAGAUAUCAUACUAACAAAGAUUGAGCUAUUACUCGCUUUUAACAAUGCCAGUUUUUCGGCAGAUGAAAUUCACAUAAUUAAUUUGAUUAUCUUAGCAAAAUAUUAUAUCCAUAAAAUGAUAUGGCUUAAAAGAAUACCCUCCUUUUAUACUUUUAAAGA